AAACCCUCUCUGUAUCUCUUUCUUUCCCGUUCCCUCUGUAUUUAUCCUCUCUGAUCGCUCUCAGCUCUCCCGUCGGCGGUCGGCCGGCCGGCCAGUCUCUCUCUCCUCGGCUGUUAACGAGAUCUCGUUUCGUGGCGCUUCUCCUGAUAAAACCACCACCACUCUCCUCCCAGAUCUCCGAAAGCGUCCGCCAAAAGGGAUAUGGAGCGCUCUCAAGCUAGGAUCCUCCCCUAGAAUUUUGGAUUCUGCAGUUAGGGUUUAUGCAUCGAAUGGCGUCGAACAGCAACAACGAAUCGGGCACCCUUCGCCCCUGGGGAACCCCGGAAUGGCGUCGCCGGCGGCCAACUGGCUCUCCCAUCUCCAGGCGUCGGGGGUUUCCCCUUUCCAAGGCCUCUUCCAGAGCGCGAGGGUCAAUGGAUCGGGAUGUUGAUGGGAGUGCACUGGGCGGCGGCGGCGUAAUAGGCGCGGUCGGGGAAGAGGAUGGGGUGCGCUUCGUGGAGGUGGAGUAUCACACGACGGUGGAGAGGAAAGGAAGACGGAGAAGCUAAGAAAUAGGAAAGGAAGAAGGAAAAAUAUAGGAAAAGAUUUUAUUUAUUUGCAAAAAAGAACUCAGCUUUUCAAUCGGAAAGCAAGGAAAUGAGAUUGGAGACCAUGCAAGUUGCCAAGGUAUAUCGCCAACUUCUCAAAGCUGUUGAUAAACAUAUUGGUAAAGAUGGAGACAAAAGACAUUUCAGGGAUUACAUAAUCGAAGAGUUCAGAAAGGAUACUAAUUUAUCAGAUCAAGCUGCUGUUCAGAAUAAAGUGAAGCUUGCUCGUGAUUAUACUUUCCUACUUAACAGCGUGCAUCAUCAUAAGGAAUUGCUCCUCUCUUACAAUAUAGCAGUGGAUCGGUCAGAUGAAAUGACAAAGAUACUAAACAAAUCUGCUGGUAGUGUGGGUCUUCGGCUUCCUGAAGUUUAUCAAGCUUGACGGUGGGCUAUACAAUCUAUUCAACUAUGGAGCUGACAUUUUUUUUCAGUAUGCUGAAAAAGUUCAGUAUAGCUUGUUAAAAUUAGACCUGUCAUUUGAUAGGUUAUGUUGCCGAAGAGAACAUAUUCUGUUCUAUUCUACUGUCUUUCCAGUGGUCUAUAUGUAAACUGGUGGAUCACACUUCUAUGCAUGCGAAUAAUAUGAGGUCCGGUUGGGCAUAGAAAUUUGUCUAUGCAGGGACGCUUUUUUAAGAAAAUUAGAUUUUGAUGUAUUGGACAA